AUGACGACGAUUAUAACAUUUCAAACCUUGUUUCGAUUAUCUUGGAUUAGACAUGUAAUAUUCAAUCAAAUCAAAGAGAUAUCUUCAUCAUCGUCGUCAUCAUCAUUGGUGCAUGGCGGUGGUGCUACUGCUACUGCUACUGCUACACCACCAAAGAGAUACGAUGUAAAGAAGGGAAAGGAUAUUGUAUCUUUACCUCAUCUUGCAAUGAUAUCAGAUUAUGCAAUGCCAUGGUGUUUUGUCAAACACUAUAUACCUCCAAUCGACAGCGUAUUGACUAAAAGAAGAUUGAAUGUGAUCAGUAGAUACUGUAUGCAUCCCAAUGCCAAUCUACAAACACUCUUACAUCUUUUGGAAUGGUAUCCAGAUUAUAGUCCUCAAAACAACAAAGCUGAUAGAUACAUGACAAAGAGUAUUGUGAGGUAUGGUCAUAAAGAUAUAUUAGAGUAUCUCAUUCAACGGUUUCCCAAUAUUGGUUUAUCAGGUACACUUGAAAUGGCAGCUCAACAUGGUCAUCUAUCAAUACUACAUCUACUACUAGAUGGUCAACUCGUUAAAGAAUUAGUAGAUCCCUAUCUAAUUGAUAUCGCUGCACGAUUCGGACACUUAGAUAUCGUCAUCUACUUGAGUGAUAUUAAAACACAGCUUUGUAGUGUUAAUGCAAUGGAUGAAGCUUCUCGAAAUGGCCACUUUGAUAUAGUAAAGUUUCUUCAUUUCAACCGAACAGAAGGAGGUACAACAUCAGCUAUGGAUCAUGCAUCAGUUAAAGGUCAUUUUGAAAUUUUAAAGUUCUUGAGUGAAAAUAGAACAGAAGGAUGCACUACACAUGCGAUGGAUUACGCAGAUGUUGAUGGACCAGGCAUUGAAAUUGUUCAAUAUCUACAUCAAUAUCGGACCGAAGGAUGCACAGUCAAGGCUAUGAAUUUUAUGGCAUAUAAAGAGAAUAUUGAAGCUUUAAAAUUCCUUCACUAUAAUCGUACAGAAGGUUGUAACACUAGUGCAUUAAAUUAUGCAUGUUCAAAAGGUAACUGGGAUAUUAUAAAGUUUCUACAUGAAAAUAGAACAGAGGGAUGUACAGAUUAUGCUAUAAAUCAAGCCAUUAUGAAUAAUUGUAGUUUGGAAAUUAUCAAAUUUAUUCAUGAACAUCUUGCGCAAGGGUGUUCAUUUGAGGCUCUGCGAUCAUCGGCAAAGAAUCCUCAAGUAUUUCAUUUCCUUUAUCAAAAUUAUUAUUCAUCACAGUCUGAUAUAUGGACUGAUAUAAUGGAUUAUAUAGCAUAUGAUGGAAACUUUGAAAUAUUAAAGUUUUUACAUGAGAAUACUACUUUAGAAUGCACAAUAGAUGCCAUGAAUAAUGCGGCAAGUGCGGGCCACUAUGAUGUUGUAAAGUUCUUACAUGAGAACCGUACAGAGGGAUGCACAACUGAUGCUAUGGAUUUUGCCGCCACAAAAGGUCAUUUUGAAAUAUUAAAAUUUUUACAUUAUAAUCGUACAGAAGGAUGCACUUCACUUGCAUUAGAAAAGGCAAUUUCGAAUGGUAGAAUGGAGAUUGUUAAAUUCCUUUAUGAAAACCGGACCGAAAAGUGUACAGAGAAUGCUUUAAGAGUUGAUACCCGGUAUCCCAACUACGAAGUUAUUCAUUAUGUAUUAUCAAAUCAAAUCAUACCAAAACAUUCACUUCAACAAGGAACACUCAUUUCCAUCAUUGUUCGGUAUAGCCUCAACCACACUUCAACUUUGUAUUUUGAAAUCUUGGAUCUCAUUGAACAAUAUUAUGGUUAUGGUUUUAUUGAUGAAUGUAAUGACGAAUACAAUUAA